AGACUGCAGUUACCCACAAUUCCCGGCCAAACGUCAAGUCCUCCAGACGUGGCAGAGAACCUUUCUGUAUUUCACCCCUCAGCCACCCUCUACCAUGGGUCUCACCUUGUCUACAGUAUUCUCCCGGCUAUUUGGGAAGAAGCAAAUGAGAAUACUAAUGGUGGGACUGGACGCCGCCGGGAAGACGACCAUCCUGUACAAGUUAAAAUUAGGCGAGAUCGUCACCACAAUCCCGACCAUCGGGUUCAACGUAGAAACAGUUGAAUAUAAAAAUAUCAGCUUCACAGUGUGGGACGUAGGUGGACAAGACAAAAUCCGUCCCUUAUGGAGACACUACUUUCAAAAUACUCAAGGACUCAUCUUUGUGGUCGACAGUAAUGACAAAGAGAGAAUAACAGAAGCAAGCGACGAACUUGCAAAAAUGCUCCACGAGGAUGAGCUCCGAGAUGCCGUCCUUCUGGUCUUUGCCAACAAGCAGGACCUGCCCAACGCCAUGACAGCUGCUGAGCUUACCGACCGUCUUGGACUGAACCAGCUUAGGAGCCGCAGAUGGUACAUCCAGGCAACGUGCGCCACGCAGGGCCAGGGGCUGUACGAGGGGCUGGACUGGCUAUCAAACGAACUCUCCAAGAAAUAAACCAAAAGCAAGCAAGAGUGAGAGAGAGAGAGAGAGGGAGGGGGGGCCCUGUUGAGGAUGGAUGGAUGAAUAUAACAUUUAUGUGCACUUUUACCAGAAGGAUAUUUAUUGUUUUCUUUAUAUAUUUUUUUCUUGGGAAGAUUCCAUUCUGAAUAAUCCAGCAGCUGGGAUAAGGCUACAUUCCUUGUUGCUAAUAUGAUUUAUUGACCAGUUUUCAUAGUUUGUAACUUCCUAACAAAGAUAUUUGACAAC